UCCUCUCGACUUCUCCAUUCCCUUCUCAUCCAGCGUUUGUUUUCUAUUCCUUUCGCCGCCGGAGUCGAUCCCGUCUCACUCCAUCAUGGCAACCCCUCAGACGACCACCAGCUUGGUGAGCAAGCUGCCCACCCGCCUCCAAAACUUCUUCGCCCGCUAUCCUCCGCAAAUCUAUUCCGCCGCCGUGGCUCCCCGUCCUUCCCCGGAGGAGACGACAGAAGCUGUCAGCGAAGAGUCGCUUCCCUCGCCAUACACCCCCAACCGAGACGCCAAGGGCUACAAGCACCCCGACCCCAAGGCAUUCUCGCCCUCCAGAGCCCUCCUCCACUCCGACCCCGAACACCGCAAUCCUUUCCUGCCGCACAAGAACUUCCGCACGGGCAAGUGGACGAGCCCGCGCAUUGGGCUGCGCACGCAGGCCGACCUGGUGAAGCUGGCCAUCAAAUACAACGUCGAGGCUCUGCUGCCGCCGGGCCGCAAGUCGACGGAAUACAAGGAGACCCGGCGCGCGGAGCGUGGCCUGCAGAUCAAGGGUACUGGUAUCGGACAGAAGGUCAAGGGUCACAAGUGGGAGCGUACGAUGGAGGCGCGUCUGGAGGACCGUCGCAAGGCUAUGCUGGAGAUGCCGGAGAUGAUCCGGUUGUGGAAGCAGAGAGGUCACGGUCGUGGCUGGAAGAAGUGGCCCAAGCGGUAAAUGGGCGGUUAGAUAUCCAUCCUCUAAUGGGAUUUGUCUUAUGUUGUAUCAUUUUUGCCGGACCUCAACUCGCACAGGUCGAUUCGGAAUCGGAGUUCUUGUCCUCAUAUGUGUAUGUAUAAAUAGAUAUUUUUUGAAUGGCCACCAUUUGUC